AUGGAUACCCUACUGGUAAGUCCCUCAAGCCCGCGGCCAAACACAACCCUAACAACCGCAGUCCCAACUCGACGCCCUAGUCCUCAAGCCCGAACUCGCGCCCUUACUGUCACUAGUGAAAGGCGCCCGCAAUGGAAUCGUCUACGGAUCGAAAGUCCGUUUUCCGCAUGCGCUGGUCUGACCAACACCUCUUCAAACUAUAGAAUGAUAUUCCUCUUCAGAUCCGGAACUAUACGCGAAAAGACAAAGCUCGUUUUCAAAGCUACCCGCCAACAUGCGCGCAACCUCUCGACUUUCGCAAUCAUUUAUAAAGCGUCCAUGAUCCUUCUUCGGAAUAUCCCUGGUGGAACCGGGAAGGAGGGUCGAUAUGAUACUUUCUUUGCAGGCCUGCUGGGCGGGUAUGCGGUGUUUGGACGACAGCCGGGCAGUAUUAGCCAGCAGAUCGUCAUUUAUGUUUUUGCGCGCGUGAUGCUUGCGCUUGCCAAGAUCGCCAUUCAACCGAAUAUGCACCCGCUCUCCUCUCUUAUCACACCCGAGACUCGCACCAAGAUGACCGAUAAUGCAUACCCGGUCUUUGCGAGCAUGACCUGGGCGAUGGUCAUGUAUAUCUGGCGGUGGCACCCGGAGACUUUGGCGUCGAGUUUGCGGAGUAGUAUGGUGUACAUUUAUGGUGACUCGGAUCAUUGGGAUUCUUUGCGUACGCUGUUGUUGCAUAAUAAAUGA